AUGAACUGGAUGCAGCGUGCUCGAGUCGGAAGGAGUGCGUUAGCGCAGAUGAAGCUGCUGUUCCUGGCUGCUGAAGUGACCAACUUCGUGUGCAAGCCUCUGGCGGAGGUGCUCCCGUCGACGCUGAAGAAGCAGAUGCUGCGCCAACUGUGCGAUCUUCUACUGGAACUAGGCCAUGCACGUCGUAACAAUGGCAUCAUGAAGGCCAUCGGUCUCGGUGGAUCGCUGCAAUAUGGAGUAGAGUUCCACGUCUCGUGCUUGGCGGCAGGUGUGUUUCUACGACUACAGACUCGGAAUGGCGCGCUGUUGCGAGUGGAUGAUCGGAUUCCAUUCAAGAUGACUCGCACGACGGAGAAACACUUGAAGUCACUCGAGACAAUGCUGCAGAGUAAAGACGCGUUCCAGCUGGGAAGACGAGCGGAUGCGCUAGUGGACUUUGCUCGAGAUUCGCGUCGAAGUCUUGCAGACCAGGACGAGUUCUUUGUUACACUCUUCUCGAGUAUGUAUCCAGCUCAAGGCUGGCUGCUAGCGAAAUGUUUGCCAUAA